ACAGAUUUCUCGCUGCUGGUGAUAGACGAGUGCCACCACACCCACAAGGAAGCCGUCUACAACAAAAUCAUGCUGAACUACCUCCGGCGCAAGCUCAGCGGGCAGCAGGACCUGCCGCAGGUCCUGGGCCUGACGGCGUCCCCCGGCACUGGUGGAGCGACCUCCUUCGAGGGGGCCAUGGAACACAUCCUGCAGAUCUGUGCCAACCUGGACACCGAGGAAGUCACAUCGGUGCAGGAGGAGCUGCAGCACCUGCAGAGCCACGUCCCCCAGCCCAGGAAGCAGUACGACCUGUGCCAGGAGAGAGCCCCCUCUCUGCUCCAGGACCCCUUUGGCGAGCAGCUGAAGAAGGUGAUGGAGCAGAUCCAGCAGUACAUGGAGAUGCCUGGCCUGCCGCAGGACUUCGGCACGCAGUUCUACGAACAGCGCAUCGUGGAGCUGGAGAACAGAGCGGCAGAGACAUUUCGUCGCAUGACGCGGGUGUGCGCGCUGCACCUACGCAAGUACAAUGAUGCUUUGCUGAUCAACGACACGGUGCGGAUGAUCGACGCCUUCCAGUGCCUCCAGCAGUUCUACACCACCGAGAGGGACGUGAGGGACCCCACCGAACAGUUCCUCACCACCGUGUUUGAGGAGAACAGGACAAGCCUGCAGGUGCUUGCCAGGGACCAGCGCUACGAGAACCCCAGGCUGGUCAAGCUGGAGGAGAUCCUGCGGGAACACUUCCAGCCCCUGGGCACUUCUCGUGGCAUCAUCUUCACCAAGACGCGGCAGAGCGCCCACAGCCUGCUCAGCUGGCUGCAGGACACGGCCGCGCUCUGCCGGCAGCACAUCAGGGCUGCUGUCCUCACUGGCGCCGGCUACAGCAACCAAACCAGGCACAUGACGCAGAAUGAGCAGCAGGACGUGAUCAAGCGGUUCCGCGAGGGAGCCCUCAACCUGCUCUUCUCCACCAGCGUGGCCGAGGAGGGCCUGGAUAUCCCCGAGUGCAACAUUGUGGUCCGCUAUGGGCUGAUGACCAACGAGAUCGCCAUGAUGCAGGCCCGGGGCCGUGCCCGUGCCGAGAACAGCGUCUACUCCGUCCUCGCCAAAGCCAACAGCAGAGAGGUCUCCCGCGAGUUGCUCAACGAGGACCUCGUGGAGCUCAUGGAGAGGGCGAUCAGAGCAGUGCAGGCCAUGCCCGAGCGGGAGUACCGCCUCAAG